AUGAAUGCAACCAACGACACCCCACUAGCCUCAAUGACUUUUGAUCAGCUCCAAGCUCUUGUUAAACCUGUUUGGGAAGAUCAAGAAGACGAACCCAAAGACCCUAUAGAGGACUUGAACUUCUCAUUCGAGGAACCGGCAACCGAUAUCCAAAUAGACAAGAAUUUGGCAGAAACUCCCGACAAGAUGUCACAGGAUCAAACUACCCAAUUGUUGAGCACGAAUGGCCCAGCGAGAACAUUAACAGACAUGGAAAAUCGAACGAUAAACCAUGUGGAUACAACUUGGUUGCAAAACUGGGAGAAUUCGAUAUGCACCGCUUCCUCAGCCAGCACCAUGUCUGGCAAUCUCGAAAACCUUGGUUGUAUUCGAGGUCACACCAACGCUACUUGUUACAUCAUCUCCGGCAUCCCUUAA